CCGACUCCAACACAUCCACCGCUCUCCAUCGAUCCUCACUUCUCUCUCUCUUAGCCUUUAACCGCGUCCACAUCAGCAACCAUGACCCAGCUCGAGAUAGCCAUGACCAUCCUGAUGAAGACCUUCGAUGAAUAUGCCGCCAUGGAAGGCAACAAGGAUACCAUGAACAAAACUGAGACCAAGUGUAUGCUGGAGAAGGAGCUGCCUGGACUGCUCAUGGAGGCCAAGAACCAAGGCGAAGUGGACAAGCUGCUGAAAAGCCUGGAUUUUAACGGAGACUGCGAGGUCGACUUCAGUGAGUUCGUGGUGCUGGUGUCCGCUCUGACGUGCGCCUGCCACGACCGUUGCCUCCAGAAGUCCUGAGCAUGUGGACCGGACCCCCAACCCCCGAGGGGGGCGGGGCUCAGCGACACUGAAUCAAUUCAAUUCAGUUUAUUUUCUAUCCCUCGUGUGACGAUUGUUUGAGGCAACUGAAUAAAAAUUAUUUAUCAAACAACGAA